UAUCCCUUAGAAGCAUGGGGUCGAAUCGUCACAGUCGUGAACGAGACGACAAUCGUACGAUCGAAAAUUUCGUCAUUCGAUCUUCGAAUGCACAUUAUCGGAUGAUUACAUUCGAAAGCUGACGAAUCGUAAUUGAAUGUUUGUUUAUCGAUUAUUUUUGUCUUCUUCUUCCUAUUUGGCAGUAACAAUAGACGUUGAAAUGCCAAAAUAAGUGAACCAAAAAUAAAAAAUAAACUGCAAAACAAGAUGGAUCCCAGUUUUUAGUUUUAUCUUAGCUCAAGCGACAGCGAAACGGAUGAAAAAAUUGUGCGCAAACAGUUGCGGGACAAAAGCGAUCCGCUGGCUUUAUCAAAUAAUGCGUAAGUACUAUAAAUGUAGUAAAUGUGACAGUCAUCUAAAUUUCUAAUUUUGCUGAUUCAUCAAGCAAUUUCGGCUUAACAAGGAAGCAUUCCAACAUGUCCGCAAAAAAUUGAUUUUUCGAGCCAUGACACCAAAGCCGUUCCACCAGUCCUGCAAUUAGCUGCUAGUCUUUCUCUUCUUGGUAGUGGCAGCUACCAACACACGGUUGGAAGUGACUACAUAAUUGGAAUGUGCCAGAGUACAGUGUCCAAAUUAACUUCCCAUGUUCCUUUGCAAAUGAAGAAUUAGCUAUGCCCUGAAUUUAUAAAAUUUGAUGUGGACAACUCGCAAAAAUGUAAGGAGUGGUUUAUGGAGAACUACAGAAUACCCGGAGUUAUCGGAUGUAUAGAUGGGACUCACAUAGGUUUGCAGAAGCCAACCCAAAAUGAACAUAUGUACUUCAAUAAAAAGGGCUCCCAUAGUCUUAACGCUAUGAUAAUUUUUGACCACACAUACAAAAUUGUAGCAAUCAAUUGCCAACAUGGAGGAGCAGCGCAUUGGCCAUUAAAUUCUUUUGUGUUGAAUUCAUCUUGUUGUAGUUAGUCUUUAUUAAAAUAAAUGUUAAAAUUGUUAAUAAAUUUACAUUGCCUUGAAAAUUGCUUACAUUUUAAAAAUUCGCUUAAAUUUAGCGCGCUCACGAUUGAUAGUUGCUGAUCGAAUGACACUAAGAAGGAACGAGUACGUCCAGUUACUCGUUCACGUCUGUCAUCAUACCGAAUUUCGAUAAAUUUCGAUAAAUGUUGCUCGUUCACGACUGUCAUAAUCCGAAAUUCAAAUUUUUAGAUAACGAGUUGCUCGUUCACGACUGUGACGAUUCGACCCCUGGUUGUUAACACCGUAUAGAAGCGCGAAUGCAGACUGUUUAGGCCACCGGCCUAAAUUUGCUUGAACUUUCCGACACACCCUAAUUUCUGGAGCUUGGUGGCUGGA